UGCCUUCACGCGCGCGCAUGUUUCUCCUCUCUUCAGAACGAGUUGAGAUUUAAAAGUUGGAGCUGCCAGGGAACCCAGGCUGUUUUGACUCCGACCAACAUCCGUGUCCGAGUUGGUGUUCUGAUAAAGGUGAAGGAAAGUGAAUGAAGGCGUCAGCAGCGUCCCGGGUCCAACCUUUAGACACCCCCGCCCCCUCGGACACUCCUGAGCUUCUCUUGGUGUGAUGGAUUCAGAGGUGGUUGUGCAGGAGGACAUGGAGGGCUCGUGGACGUUACUGUCCUGGAUGGCGUCCUGCCUCAUGGUGUUCGGGGGGGCCCUGCCCUAUGUGCCACAGUACCAGGACAUCCAGAGGAGCAACAGCAGCGAGGGCUUCUCCACCCGAGUCUGCCUGGUGCUGCUCAUAGCCAACAUCCUGCGCAUCUUCUUCUGGAUAGGGAAGCAGUUUGAGCUCACCCUGCUGCUCCAGAGUGUGAUGAUGAUCCUCACCAUGUUCGCCAUGCUCCACCUUUGCUGCACGGUCCAAAACACCAACCGAGUCAGCACCAGGCAACACCGGCUUUCAGAACUGGAUUUUCGCUACUUCUGGAAGUGGAGCGCGUUCGAGGACUACCUGCUCUUCUGCUUCGGCUUCACCGUGCUGUGUGCAGUGGUCACGCUGCUGCUGCUGGACUCUGCUGUGUUUGUGGAGAUGCUGGGCUCCCUGGCCGUGACGUUUGAGGCCAUGCUGGGCUUUCCGCAGCUUCUGCAAAACUUCCACAACUGCUCCACCAAAGGCAUGAGUGUGACGAUGGUCCUGCUGUGGACGGCCGGCGACAUCUUCAAGACAACCUACUUUGUGAUGAACGAAAGCCCGGCUCAGUUCUGGGUUUGCGGUUCAGUCCAGAUCCUAAUCGAUGUGGCCAUCCUGCUGCAAGUCCUUUUCUACAGCCAAGACACACGGGUCAAGUUAGGUUGAACAUGGCUGUUGCUUUGGAUGGCGAAAACCAGGGCUCAUGUUUAAGUUUUAAUGAGUCUGAUCAUGCAAGGCUUUUUAAUAAAAUCAACAGGGCACCUAUUAGGGCACCCUUAAUAGAUCAGUUGAUAGAGUGGGCGCUCAUGUAUAUAUAGGUUUACUCCUCGGUGCAAUGAGCCUUUGCUGCGGGUCAUUCCCCCCUCUAUUCCCUUUCACUUCUUCAGCUGUCAUUGAAGGCCUAAAAUGCCCCAAGAAAUAUCUUAAAAACAACAAAAAAACAAUCAACUGCAACGUUGAUUUUAUAUCAUGUAAGACAUUUAGCAUUAAGGAAACAGAAAAAACCAAAGUCAACAUAGAUUAAGUGUGUCCAGCCUGGUUUCAAAGUAUUUUGCAUAUGGGUGUCAUGCAGACCCAAACUAUUUACCUUCAAGGGCAAUUAAGCAAAUAGUUUCAGACUUAAACAAACUACUAAGCAGUCAAACUUAUAGCCAAACGUUUGGCUUUACAUUGUUAGUAAGAUAAGACAGUAGUUUGGGGAAUUUCUAGCAUUUCAUACUAUUUAUGUGUUCUCUGUUGAACAUUAACUGGAUCCUGGAAGUGCAGUGGAAACUGUGACAGGGAAACAUCACUCACAUUGGCAGCUCACUAACAGUGGUUCUGUGCUGCUGUACUGGCAGCUGUAGCAACCAGCGCGGCACUGGAAUCUACUGCCUGACUGAUGAGUCUCCACAUGUACAUUGUGUGUGCGUGUGUAUGUAUGUGUGUUUGUGUGUGUGUAGCGUGCUUGCUGGUGUGUUUGUGCAGCCAAAAUAGAUUUUUCGCCGUUGGCCUGCAGCGCCUAGCAAAGCCCACUGUGCUUGCACCAAGUCAUGGUAACUACAUAGGACAUCAAUCUUUGUGUUAUGACUCUGCUUUGUGGCUUAACUGCCAAGCAAUACACGUCUACAGGAAAGUUUGUGAAAGACAAUGAAAAGUACUGCGAUGCUUUGCCUGUACCUCAGUCACAAAAUGGUUUGUAUACUUCAAAGGACACAAUAUUACUUAAUAUUUGUGGCAUUUUUAUCACACAUGUCCUUGUCCCAUUACUUCUGAUUUUGUGAUGUCUCUUUGUUUUUGUUUUUCAAAAAGCACUCUUGUUCUUUGAGACAGUAACAGGGAGAGAAUUACUCAUAAGCAUUGUGGAUAAGUAACGUUAAAAUCAACAUGAGCAGCAGGAAUAUAAUUAUAUUUAUGUUUGAUCUUUUAUUGAAACACACCUAUUGCCCACUUUUUGACUCCCAAGCAUCAAAUACUUAGUUUAUAAAAUGUAGCCAGGUCAGGAUUGGUUUAGUCCUAAAGAAAUGUACUUAAGGGACUGUUUAAAAUGUCAGCAUAUAGUUAUUUAUGUAAUUAUUAACUAAAUCCAGGAAUGGCUAAAAUACAUAUAUAAAUCCAUGGUGGUAAAAAUUAAUGAAAGACCACUUCUUACCCUCCCUUUAGCUAAAAGAAAAACGUUUUUUUUCUCCUCUGUCUUAACCCCCAAUACAUCUUUAAUUUAGAGUAUUUAUUUUCCCUUUCGUGGCAUGUUUUGUAAUUCCUGGAGAGGCAAUCUUUGAAGCGUCUUCAUUCACCUACAAAUGCCCCGUUAAACAGAGGACAGAAACAUUGAAACUGGAUUUAUCCAUUCCAACCUUCCAAAAUGCAAAAAUGUCCAC